CUCCCGUUCUCCCCCCAGGCCCGGUCUCUCUUCUGCGCUCCGCCAUGUCCUGCCGCUCCUUCCAGCAGGGCUCCAGAUGUGGCAGUCGGAACUUCAGCUCGAACUCGGCCGUCCUCCCGCGGAUGGUCACCCACUACGCAGUGAGCAAGGGGCCAUUCCAGCUCGGAGGCAGCGGGGGCCUCCGCGCCCUGGGCUGCCUCGGCUCUCGGAGCCUGUGCAACGUGGGCUUUGGAAGGCCCCGGGUCGCCUCCAGGUGCAGCCUGCCUGGCUUCGGGUACCGACUGGGGGCCACCUGUGGACCUUCUGCCUGCAUCGCCCCCGUCACCAUCAAUGAGAGCCUGUUGGUCCCACUGGAGCUGGAGAUCGACCCGACCGUUCAGCGGGUGAAGAGGGACGAAAAGGAGCAGAUCAAGUGCCUCAAUAACCGCUUUGCAUCCUUCAUCAACAAGGUCCGGUUCCUGGAGCAGAAGAACAAGCUGCUGGAGACCAAGUGGAACUUCAUGCAGCAGCAGAGGUGCUGCCAGAGCAACAUCGAGCCCAUCUUCGAGGCCUACAUCUGUGCCCUCCGGAGGCAGCUGGACUGCGUGGCCGGGGACCGGGCCAGGCUGGAGUCGGAGCUCUGCAGCCUCCAGGACGCGCUGGAGGGCUACAAGAAGAAAUACGAGGAGGAGCUGGCCCUGCGGCCCUGCGCUGAGAAUGAGUUUGUGGCCUUGAAGAAGGACGUGGACACAGCCUUCCUCACGAAAGCCGACCUGGAGACCAACGUGGAGGCUCUGGUCCAGGAGAUCGACUUCCUGAAAAGCCUGUAUGAGGAGGAGAUCUGCCUGCUCCAGUCUCAGAUCUCAGAAACCUCGGUCAUUGUGAAGAUGGACAACAGCCGGGAGCUGGAUGUGGAUGGCAUCAUUGCCGAGAUCAAGGCCCAGUAUGAUGAAAUUGCCAGCCGCAGCAAAGCCGAAGCAGAGGCCUGGUACCAGUGCCGGUAUGAGGAACUGAGGCUGACAGCCGGGAACCACUGCGACAACCUGCGAACCCGCAAGAACGAGAUCCUGGAAAUGAACAAGCUGAUCCAGCGGCUGCAGCAGGACAUUGAGAACGUCAAAGCCCAGCGCUGCAAGCUGGAGGCCACAGUGACCCAGGCAGAGCAGCAAGGUGAGGCGGCCCUCACCGAUGCCAAGUGCAAGCUGGCCGGGCUGGAGGAGGCCCUGCAGAAGGCCAAGCAGGACAUGGCCUGCCUGCUCAGGGAGUACCAAGAGGUGAUGAACUCCAAGCUGGGCCUGGACAUUGAGAUCGCCACCUACAGGCGCCUGCUGGAAGGUGAGGAGCACAGGCUGUGCGAAGGCAUCGGGCCCGUGAAUAUCUCCGUGAGCAGCUCCAAAGGUGCCAUCCUGUAUGAGCCAUGCGUGGUCAGCACCCCCGUGCUGAGGACCGAGUACUGCCCAGGGGGCACCGGUGUCCUCAAGAGCAGUGGGAGCUGCAGCAUCGUGGGCACCGGUGAACUCUACAUCCCCUGCGAGCCCCAGGGACCACUGGGCUGUGGGAGCAGGCGAGGCCCCAGCACGAAGCUGGGGGCUGGGGGCAGCUCCUCCUGCCACAAGUGUUAACACUGCCCCAGCGGCUGGAAGCCCCGGGUCAGGGCACCAGCCUGCAGCCUGGAUGUUGCCCCCACCAUCAGGGCUGAAGACAAGGAUAUUCCAAACCCCCACCUUCCUGUAGUGAUCCCAGGUGUCCCUUGGGUUUUCACUGGCAGUUGCCCCUCAGGUCCAUCCAUGUCUUCAAGAGUCAGCUUCAGCUUAGCUGCAUGCAGACCAUCAGCUGGGCCCUGGGGGUGGGGGUGGGAGGAUGCAAAGAAGGAGAAUGAGUCGCCAUGUCCCCUGGACUGCUGACAGUCAGGCUCUAGAAUGACCAAGAGAAGAGCAAUAGUCCCCAACGGCUUCUCUUCCGGAUGAGAAGGCCAACUGGGCGCAUCACAGUUCUGCUUGGUGGAUUAUCCCAAGGAAGUUUCCCCACAAAGCCGGCCUCUCCCUGACCCCCAGAGGGUCCCCGCCUCCCUUACCUCUGGCUCUCAUGCCCCUAAGAAAAGUGAACUUUUAAGAGCCACCUCAAACACACCUCACUGCAAAUAUCAAAAGGAGACAUUCCGAAAUCCCAUUAUGAAUUCCAAAACCAAAGGCCAGGAUUUCGGGGUCACUCAGGGCCUGUCCGUGUUCCUCCCAGUUAGCACACAGAAUCAAGAGGUGGUCUUUGAGCGGUAGACCCACUUGCUCAGGUGUGUGGAACUCACGCUACAAAAAUACGUCUUUUUCCUGAGCUCACAUUGGCAGCUGCUGGUGGGAAAACGGAUAGAACAAAGGCAGGGAACAUGGAGCAUUUACUGGACAGAGGGACACUCAGGAGCUGACGUCAUUCGCUCAAUGGGAUCGAGCCCCGCCCCCCCCUUCUGUACAUAGCUUCCCUGAUCCUACUCUCUCUCCCUUUAGUUCUCUGGCUUUGGGUCUGAUGUGAACAUGUCUUCCUGAGUACAGUGACGUGGGGCUGCCCCUGUGGGCUCCGAGGCUCUGGCUCGGGGUCUGUGAGGGAGGAGCAGGCGCUGGGCUGACCCCACCUCCCCAGAGGCCCCGCCCCUCGUGCCACGUCCUGCAGAAGCCAUACCCACGCAAGGGUCCCCUGUCUCUGCCGUGAGCCUCUGGGCUUAUCUCUUCCCAAUAAACUGACUGUUCACAGGCUA